GUCGCAUGAAUUACUGUCACAACACACAGAGCUAAAGACUUGAAGACAGCUCAGGGAAAUGGCUGAAGAGGACCAGAGUGAAGCAUCACAACAAACGGCAGGCAGCGAUGAAGACAAAGCCAGAGAAAAACAGGCCUCUCCCUGUGUUAUUGAAAUUCAUGACUCUACGACUGAAUGCGAGGAAGAAACAAGGCCCAGUAAGGUACCGAUGGAGGAAAAGGCAUUUAUAGCAAGUUUGCACUCGUUUAUGAAAGAUAAGGGGACUCCGAUAGAAAGGAUCCCACAUCUUGGCUUUAAACAGAUUGAUCUCUGGAUGAUCUACAAAGCUGUCGAGAAACUUGGAGGUUAUGAAUCAGUGACAACUGGGCGUCUUUGGAAGAGAGUCUAUGAUGAGCUUGGAGGAAGCCCAGGUAGCACAAGUGCUGCUACUUGCACUCGGAGACACUAUGAGAGGUUGGUUCUGCCGUUCGAGAGACACAUAAAAGGAGAAGACGAUAAACCUCUGCCUCCGAGCAAACCAAGGAAGCCAUACAAGAGAAACCAGGAGGGUAAAAUGAACAAGGCUGAUGGAAAGCGGAAGAGGAGUUCUUCUGAAAGAGAAAUGGAUUCUGAGUUACUUCCUCAAAGGAGUCCAGACGUGGUCUGCCAAAGUGAGUCAAUGAUGAAUCCUCACUUCGCCCUCUGGCCUCCCAGCGCUGACAGACACCCCCCAGAGUGCUCUCAACCAGGCAGGACUCCUGGAGAUUUCUGCACUCCUGUCAAUGGCCACAUCCUGCAGGUUCCUGCUUCCAGUAGCUGGGUUGCUCAUCUUCCGUCUGCAACUGGAGAGGUGAUCUCCCCUCUGGAGAAGAAGAAGCGAAUGGCUCAGGCCAGCCUUAAUGUGCCGACGAGUUCCCAGAGGGAGGACAAGGAAAGGCCUUCCGUCAUCCACUGCUCCCAGUCUCCGGUCCGGGCUUCUUCCAGUAGGAACUGCAAUUCCUCCGAAGGCUCUCCUUUGCCGUUAUCCUCGUCUUCAUCCCGCAGUCCUUCCCCUUUGUCUGUUUCUUCAGAAGAAUCUCCAGCUGGGACAAGGGACAAACCCAGACCCAGCUCUACAUCGACUGAGAACUGUUCAAGCACCGCUAAAACACAGGUGGACAGCAAGCCUGUGAGCUGCAGUCAGACGGCUACCAAUGCUUCCGCACAGAAAAAGGACGCGCCUCACAUCAGUUCCCAAACACUGCAUACUGACUCUGUAAAAAGCCAAAUAAAAGACUCUGCCUGGAAGCCCUAUCACAAAGGAACUUCUAAAUGUUACACAUACCCCAUCCACUCACCCCCCUCCAUCUCAACCUCCACCUCUGGCUUCACCAGAGUUACUCCCAAAUCUGUCCAGCUGCUGCGGCCGGCUCCUAUUCGGCCAACUUACAAACAUCCUCACAGCAGGCUGCUGCAGAUUGACAACUCCCUGACAUGCACCAAGAAGCUGGGCAGCUUGAACCAGUGGCCUUAUCAUAUAGAGAAGAGGGACCGAUCGAGGACAGUGCAGCAGAAAGUUCCCCCCACCCAGCAGGGAUUGCCUCAGUCCGCCCUGCCGGCCUCGUGCGUCCUUUCCACUUACGACAAAUCAGGAAGAGAAUCUCGGCACCAGCAACCAGUACACCCAGCCUUCCUUCCCCACAGAAUGAGACUCCCUCACUCCCAGCUAAUGUACCACCCUAUGCCGGUCGGUCCAAGUCACUCUGCUCUAAUUGCUUCAGCUGUUUACCCGUAUCCUUACUCCAUUCCUCUAUUAAAUCCCCAAGUCGGAUACCCGCUACCUACCAUGAAUCAAAUGUAUCCUCACAAGCUUUGAGGGCUUCCUCCUGUUUUUCGAUGGGAAUAAUUUAACAUUUUUGUAAAGCAGUCCAACGGAUGCAGUAUUAGAAAAACUAAACAGCUAGAUAUGCAACAUUUCUCUACAGCUGCUACACUGAGGCCAGUCAAAAGUAACCUGCAUCAUAUAAAUGUAUAAACUGUAUUAUUUCUUAUUCUAUUUUAUUUUUUACAAAGUUUAACUUCAUUUUUUUUUAGAAAUCAAAUAAAAAAUCCUAAUUUCUGGCAUUGUCACACAUCCAGGAAGGUUUCGAAUUUAAAAAUGGUCAGUUUUGGCACUAUUUCAGUCUUACCUCAUUGUUCUCUGAUUUCACAGUUUCUACUUCUUAUUCUUAAUAAAUAUGUUUUCAGUACUGUAAUGUGAAGUCAGAACAAUAAACUAUGCAGAUGCUGUUUUGUGCCUGCUAUCAGUGUUAAAUAUUUUUUGAA